CGGAACCAAAGAUGGCGGCGGCUGGCUCGGGCCUGAGGCUGCCAGUGGGGGAAGGAGGCGGCGGCGGCGCCUCGUCACUGUCUAUGGAGCGGAUCCGCUCGCUCACCGACCUGCCAGAGCUGGAGGCCGCCUACAGCCGCCUGUGCGGGGAGGAGAAAGGGGUGGAGGAAGAGCUGGAGGCACUCCUGGAACAACAGAGUACCGUAGAGAGCAAGAUGGUCGCUCUUCAUCGCCUGGGGUUAGUAGUUCACCAGUUUAAUCCUGCUUGAGUGAAGCUAGUACCAUGUGA